AUGUUAAAUAGUAGAAAAUCUCAAAUACCUGAUUUUAAUCAAGCAAUUAAAUCUUAAGAGUGCAGUAUAAAUACUAACAAAAUGAUAAUUUAAGAAAUGUAUUAAUGUGCAUAAUGUUUUGAUUAUCCACAUGGGAUAUGUAAAUAUUGUUUUGAACAUUGUCAUAAAAAAAAUAGAAAUUAAUAUCACUAAUAAGCAAAAUUAAUAAAAAUAAAAGGUAAUUUCAAAUGUGAAUGUGGAUUAUUUAAGCAUAAAAAAAAAUAAUUAAAUAUCUAAUAAUGUCCCUUAAAUUCUUAAGCUUUUUGUCCAAUUUAAAAUUGUGUAGUUUGCAAAACUAAUCUGUGUGAAUUUUGUUUAAAAAAUUGCAAACAUACUCAUAAUUUUAUUAAAGGGGAAGGUUGUAAAUGUAAUUAAUUGCAUUCAAAAUAUAAGCUCAGAUUAUAUUAUAUGGAAUACUUAAAAAAGUACAGCAUCAUUAAAAAUCUGCAAUAUAAACCUGAGAAUGAACUAUUUGCACUAAAAGUUGCUAAUUCAUUGCUUAAUAAUUUUGAUGUUUUUGAGUAUUUAUUUGGAGAAUUAAAGAACACUUUUGAAAUUAUUUUUAAUGAAUUAGAGACAGGAGAUUUUAAUUUGACAUGUAUUUGGUCUUAAAAACUGUACUUUAUAUUUUUUUAUUGUUAUUUAGAAUAGAUUCAUAACCAGAGGAAAAAAAUCUAAAUGAAAAAAUUUUAGAAUCAUUUACUGAAAGAAGUUUUCCUUAUACUAAAAUAAUAUCUAUAUUUGUUUUUAUGGAAUCGCUGCUUACAAAACUCAAGUAUAAUCUUAUGUACCUUGAUGAUAAGAUUUGGUAAUGUAUGACGUCAAGUUAGAUAAAAUUUUUAGUGAGUAAUCAAUCUUAAACUAUAUUUAGGUUAGUAUUACAUCUUAUCAUAAAAUCUACAAGAAUCUGCUAAAGAGAAAUUAUCUCAUUUAGUUUUGAAGAUCUUAAAAAUUUAAUCUAUUCAACUGAAAUAUCAAUUUUGUUAAUUUAGAAAAAUUUACACAAUGGAUAUUGAAAAUAGUACUCCAAUAUAAAGAAAUUAAAUAAGAAAGUAUAAUUAGCGUUUAGAUAAUGGAAUUAUGUAAGUUGAAUUAACUGAAUUGAUAAAGAGAUAUUAUAGGAUAUUAUUUGAUAUUGAAAUUACAAAUCCAAUUUUAUCAAAAUUAUUGAUUGUCUUACUUAAAUAUGUUAAGAUGGGCUUGUAAACAGGCAUAUUAAUUAAAACUUAGGUGAUCUUUAAAGUUAUUUUAAAUUUAGAAAAAUUAUGUAAAGAUAUUGAUUAUUAUAAUUAAUAAAAAAGUUUUGGGUAAAUAUAACGAUUUUUUACUGAAUAGAUGUUUAAUUUAUUAAGUAAAAUAUUAAUAUUAACAUACUUUUAAAUAAAGGAUGAUUAAUUUUAUGAUAUUUUAAAUGAAUAAAUUAGUAGAAAUGAAAAGAGAUAAAUUUCAUUGAUUGAUAAAUAUACAGCUUCAUUCUUUUUUGAAAAAAAAAAAAAAAAUUUAUAAAUUGAUUUAUUUUAUAAUGGUGAAUCAGAGAAACUUUAGAUAAUUUGGAGAGUCUUUAUCAAUAUAGUUAUAAACUAAAAUUUGAAUGGUUAAUAUUAUAAUUAAAUGAUGAAUCCUUAAACAAAAUUGAAUCAUAUAAUCUAAACUAUGUUGAGAGAAAAUCUUUUUGUAGAUACUACUUUAAGAACUCAAAUUAUGUAAUUAUAAAUAGAAGAUUUAUUAUUAUGGAAAUAUGAAUAAUUGACAAUUUUAAAUUAAGAUGUAAUUUUUAUUAUAAAACUAAGUUUUAAAUUGAAUUAAAUAACUUUAAAUCAGAAUGGAAUAAAUUUUUGAGAAAUUCUUACUAAAACUCAUUUGAACUUGAAGAUUCAGAACUUGAAAAGUUAUAAACACUAUGUAAAAAACUUUUAAAAUCAAAAUAUUUUAUAGAAUUAUAAGAUUUUGAAAUUAAUUAAGAAAAAAUGUUUGAAAAUCAAAAAAAAGCGUAUUUUAUAUAUCUUAAUUAGUAAAUCAGCAAAAAAUUUAUAAGACGAAUUAAAAAAACAUUUGAAAUAGGAUAUGAAAAUUAUCAAAUAAACUCAAUAACUACUCUAUGAGAAAGGCGUAGAUUUUAUUAUAAUAAGAUAUUGCUAGUUUCUAAUUUAAAAUUAAUUUGAAAAUGCUUUUAAUUUAGAUAUUAUAAUUAACAUUACAACUUUAAUGUUUAAAAUUUUAAAAUUAAUGAUCAAUUACAAUUAAUAAUUGAUAAAUUAGAUUUACACAGUAGAAAAUCUUUCAUUAUUUUAAAGAAUAGCAGAAAAAGAAUUGCCAUAUUUUGGUAAAUGCACUCUCAACAACAUAAUAAUCAAAUUUCAUUUUGAUGUUGUUUUAAGAAGUGGAUUUUUAAUCGUUUAUUAAUAUUGCUUUAUAAAUCCAUAAUUUUUGUUAUAACAUCUAAUUAAUUUAAAUGAAAUUUUAAAUAAUUAAUUCGAUAAUAGUUUAGAAAUAACUUAAAAACAUGCUUCAAUAAUAUUAUAUAAUAAACAUCAAAUAUUUGAACUAGUUAUCGCAAUUUUAGAAUUUAUAAUCACAUCAAAUGAAAUGAAUCGUGACUAUCUAUAAUAUCAUUAGAUUUGUGAAAAUUUAUACAAUAAAAUUUUACCUUAAGUACUUCAUCAUCUUAAUGAUAUUUUGAAUUCAUAUACUCCCGAAACCUCAUCAGAUAAUCUCUCUAUGAAUUAAAAUUAUAAAACAUAUUCGUUUAUGUCACUAAAUAGUUCAUUAGAGCUAAUUUAAAAUGAAUUAUCUAAUAAUCCAGGAGGAAGUCCUAAAAAUUAAUUAUCUCAAAUGUCAUUUUAUUCAAUAAAUUCAUUGAACUAAUCAUAAAUAAAUUAUCAAUCUUUCACUAUGAAAUAAUUAAAUGAAAAAUUUAUUAAAUAAGAGGAGGAUUUAAGUAAUCAAUUAGGAUUAGGAAUAACAACAAUAUUAUUGGUACAUUCUUUUAUUAGAUUUAUGAAUCUUAUUAUUGAUUAUUUUAAUAGAAACUAACUAUUGGAAUCAUUAGAAAGUCUUGAAUAAUCUUCAAUAAUAGAUUAAAUUGAAAAGAUUCAUUCGUACUUUAGUUUGUAAUUGAAAUAAUAUUAAUAAUAUCAAUUAUAUCAGGGAUAUUUAAAUGGAUUUGAAGAGUUAGUAUAAGUAAUGGAAAAAUUCUAAAAUCUUGUAAACUAUUCCUUAGCCAAUAAACAUGAUAACUCUAAACCACCAGAGAUUUUUUAAGUCCAAGAUAACAAUUUAAGUGUUGCAAUUUCAUAGAAAGCUAUAGAUGAUAUUGUUAAAUUUAAAGAUAAGAGCGUUUUCUAAGCUUUAAAUAAGGUUUUGUUGAAAUCUAAAUUAAAACGAAUUGAAUUAGAAAAUGAUGUUUUAGAAUAGAAUGCUAUAGUUUAAUUAAUCAAAAAAGAAUAUCAAAAUCGGAGUAAAGAAUAAUGUAGCAUAAUAUUUAUUGAUGUUUUAAUUGAAUUAUUAUAACAAUAAACUUCCUUUGAAAGAAGCCGUAAUUUAGAAUAUCCCAAUACUAUUUUCAUUUCUCACAUAAACUAUAUUAUAUAAUUUUAAAGAUUAUUAUAAGCUGAGACAAAACCAGUGUAAUAAAUUAUUAACACUAGCAUUUAAUCUCAAGAUUUAAAGUAUCAUAAUUUUAAGAAAAAUUUUAACAGUUUUUUAUAAUAUUUAUCAGAAAAUAUAAUUCCUUUUUUAUUUAAUAAAGUUAUUGAGUAUUAAGAUUAACCUUAUUUAUCUAUUGUAAUAAAUAGUGGGAAAUAUUCAAUAAUUGUUCUUGAAUUUAUUAGAUAUUUAGCUGAAGGAUAGAAUUCAGAAAUGUAAAAAUAUGUUGGAGAGUCUGGACUUUUUUUACGCAUUCUUAACUUAUUAGUUGAUUUAUUUAAGUCUAAAUAAAUAUUAGAGAUUGUAAGAGAAUCUAAUAAUCAAAAUAAAAUUAAAUCAUAAACAAAAACUACUUUUUAAAAAGCAGUUCACAAUGUUAGAAAUAUGCAACUAAAGAAAAAAAAUAGUAGUACAACUGAUUACUUACUAAAAUUUCUUCAAAAAAGAAAAAACAGCCAGAAAAAAACAUCCACAUAAAAUGAGUUUAUGUAAUUUGGCAUUCAUAGUACUCAAGGAGAUUAGUAUGGAAUUGAUGUAUCUCAAGCUUUUCUGAAACUUUUUGCUCAUACAAUUAUUACUAUUGCAGAAUUUAAUCAGGGAUCUUAAUAAAAUAAUUAGAAACUAACCUUUAGUGAAUUAAGCAAAAAUAGAGUUUGGCAAGUUAUCAUCUAAAUUUUGACAGUAAGAACAAAUGAAAAUCAAUAAAAUAGUGUAUACACACUUCGACUUUAUAUAUUUUAAUUAAUUCUAUCUUUGCUUGAAGAUUCAGAAAGAAAUUCAGAUGACUUUCAAUAUAUAAUGAAUCUUAUCAAUCAUAAGUUAUUAGAAGAAACCCUUACAUAGACUUAUAGAGCCUUAAUAAUAUUUAAUAAAUUAGAUUUAAAAGAUUUAUCUACAAUUGAUAGUUAAUUAACUGAAAAAUAUAGAAGAGAAUUAGGAGACAAUAUAAAUGAAUCAUUAAUUUUUGAUUCUAAAAUUCUUAUUAAAAUUUUGUACUAAAUUUAUAAGAUGCUUAAUUUAUAUUCAACAGCCAGUCUUGAAAUAUGUUAAUACUUAAAAGAUCAGAAACAAUAACGUUUAUAAAGUUAAACAUAAUUAUUCAAAAGAGAAGGGGAUUACUUAGCUAAAUCAGCCUUUUAAUUUAUAUUUAAUAUUGUUGGUUCAAUAGAAUAUGUUAAUCAAAAAGAAUAGAUAGAAAUAUUUCAUUUUCUCAAACCUCCUAUGUGCUUUUUUUUAUCAGAAGAAACAAAAUAAUAAUUCUUAUUAGAAACAAUUGACAGAUCGAAUCCUGCAUCAAAGAUGGCAUCUAUUUUUGAUUCAAUUCCUUAAUUUAUGACAGAAAUGAAAGAAAACAUGACAAAAUAUCGAAAAUCAUAAUUCUUUGAAAGAUUAAUCAGUGUGGCUAUUUCUCAAAAGUAAAUUUUUUAAUUUAAAAUCUAGUUUUAAACAUAGAUACUUGGCAAUUUCAAUAACAGUUUUAAAUAUAAUUGUCAUACUUAUUAUAUCAUAAACAGCUUUCUUUAAAUUAGAAAAAGAUGAAAAUGGUAUAAAAAAAAACUAUUAUGAAUCUCAUUCUAUAAUUUUAUCUCUUUGUUAAUUAUUACUUAUAUUCACAUCACUAUUGGCAUUGAUAUGUCAAUUAUUUUUUAGAAUGAGCAUAUAUUAUCAAAUCAGUUGUAAAGAGGUAAAGCAUACCUUUUAUAACACUUUUGUUAUUAUGUUUAGUAUAUUAUAAAGAAGAGAUAUAUUUUAAUUUUUUUUGCAUUUCAUCCUAAGUAUUUUAGGAACUUUUGAACCAUUUUUUUAUUACUUGUAAAGCUUUUGCUUUAUUUAUAUAUCUUAGACAAUGUCAUCUGUUUUAGAAGCUUUGCGAUUGAGAUGGUCAUAAUUUUUGGGAAUUUUUAGUGUUUUAUUGAUUAUUUUAAAUGCUUAUAGUUAUAUAGGAUUUAGAAGAUUUACUACUAGUUUUUAAUUAGAUGUAAUAGUGCAUCCAGAGAAUGAUAUACUUGAAGAGGAAUACCUAUGUGAUACUCCUGCUCAUUGUUUUAUAAGUUUAGUGUAUUUUGGAUUAAGAGAAGGAUCAGGAUUAGCAGCCCAUGGAGAUGUUGAAAGUUUCCAUCAAUCUUCAGAUUUUUUCCCAAGAUUUGCUUUCGAUUUUAGUUUUUUUAUGAUUGUUACUCUCAUUAUGAUCAAUAUUAUUAAUGGUAUCAUAAUAGAUACCUUUGCUGAACUUAGAGAUAAAUAGUAGUAAAAUGAAUAUGAUAGAAAUAAUGUUUGUGUUAUUUGUUCUUUAGAAAGGUAUUAUUUAAAUUAUUAUUGUUAGAUGGGAAUUUGAGAAGAAAGGUUUAUAGUUUUAAGAACAUUUAGAUGAAGUUCAUAGUCUUUCAAAUUAUAUAGCAUUUAUUGUACAUCUUCUUUAGGUAGGAAAAUAAAAUAUGAAUGGAAUUGAAACCCACAUAUACACAAAAAUUAUAAAUAGAGAUAUGAGUUGGACACCAUUAAAAAAAACUUUAUAGUUGCUUGAUAAGUUAUGA